AGAAAUCAUGACGUCAUUAAUGAUGGCGUCCUGUGAAACACUGAGCGCUUCCGGUCGUAAAUAUUUGCGAUCUCUUUUAAUGUAAUUUGAUAAAAAAUGGAACCGGGGAGUGUUGGAACGAGUUUACAUUUCGAUGGGCAGCAUCUACAGAGUCUCCAGGAAGCUGAAUAUCGUAAAGAGGAGGAACAGCAACAAUGCGAACUCCGGCAAAUGUUGACGAAUGCGUUCGAUUUGAUGGAUGAAGAUAUUUUGUCAGAAACAUCAGAAGAAUGUGAGUCACACGAUGGUAGCAGUUACAAGCCUGACACAUCUUUUAAUCAUCAUGGCGGUGCUAGGGAUCAUCAACAGAAUGUUCAAGACCCUAGAUCUCAAAAUGGAGUUCUGGAUUUCCAUCAAACACCGCACGAUAAUGGUGUAUUUCAAAUGUCACAAAAUCAAAAAUUCGUCCACAAUAAUCAACAAUUUCAGGGAAAUCCUGACCUUCAGAGGCAGAGCCAAGAGAGUGAUGACAUUAACCCACGAGCAAGCUAUGAUUUCCAAAGAAUAAAUCAAGGAAUAAACGAAUUUCAAACAACUGAAACUCGUGAUUAUCGUCAAAAUCCAUCCAUAGAAAACAAUUAUGCACCGUCAUUGGGAUAUGCAUCUUUACCCACAAAUGUCAACAACAUCCCAGAUAAUAGUAAUCAUCAUCUCCAGAAUGUCCCGGUUUCUUCUACAGAUGUUAAUUAUCCAUCAACAGAUUAUUACACAAGACAUAAUCAAGGCAAUUACUAUUUUUCAACCACACCCGAAACACAACCUCCAACGUCAAUAGGCAAUGGAUACUUUACAGAAAAUAGAUAUACACUAGAAGCUAGAAGUAGUCUGGAUAUAUCGUACCCAAAUCCUACAACACUGACUUUGGAUACUCCGACAUUGACAGAGCAGAAUGAUUUUAUUAGAUCUAGUCAAGAUUUUAAUCACGGUUACCAAUAUCAACCAUACUCUAAUAAUCAUGAAAUUCUUUCUCAUAAUAGCCGAGAAGAUCUUCAGAGCCGUGUUCAACAUAAAGAUAAUCAAGAUAAUUUCCAAAGCUACACUCCAUUACACAGUCAUGAGCAAACUGAAUUUCCGAAUCGUCAACAUCAGUAUAUUGGCUAUGAUGCAAAUGGUGUACCUUCUAAUCCUAAUCAACACUUUGAUAUUCCAAAACAAAAUCACCAUUUUUCAACAAAUAAUGAAACUGUAAGACCAUUUAAACAUUAUUCCUCAACUUCUAAUCUCAAUCAAAAUUCAGAAAUACCUCAAACAAAUUUUACUGACAUUCCAAGCAAUAAUGGUCACCAAUUUGUUCACACAGAUGACAGUAUUCCAAAUCACAAGCGAGAUAUACCUGAACCACAUAGUAUGGAUGGCAAUACUGAUGAAAUAUUGCAACUUAAAAUAUUAAACAAAGCUAGAGCUCGCGAGCUAGAAGAACUGUCUCUUAAAUAUGAAAAUCUUAAACAGGAGUCUUGCCGUGAUUCUAGAAUUCUAAAACAUCAGAUGACAUUGAUGGAAGAAGAGAGAGACAGAUUGAAAUCAUUGAAUUGUAAACUAGAAGAUUCAGCCCAAAAUUUAACAGAUGACAAUGCUAGUCUGAAUAUGGAAGUACAGAGACUGGGUGGAGAGUUAAAUAAACUUAAAGACAUGAAAGAGGAUCUGAUGAAAAAGCUGUCGUCUGCAGAAGCGAGUAUUGAGAAUUUAAAUAUGCAGUUAAUUGAAGCACAGCUUUCAGACACCCACAACAGAAAUCGCCAACAACACGAAAUGAUGAUUAAUGGAUUACAACAGAAGUUUGAGCAAGAGCAACAAGGUAUGACAGAAAAGUUAGAAAAAGCCUACCAAAUAAUCCACGAAAAAGAAGAAGCCAUCGACUGUUUAAACAAAGAAUUACAAGAAGAAAGAAUCAAAGCUUCUUUGUUAGAGAGAAAUGAAACUUUGCGCAGCAAUGGUAAUGAUAGAACUGAAGAAAUAUGUAAAUCUCUUCAGGUCGAAGUUCAGGAGCUUAAAGACCAGAUAAGAUCAUCAAAGUCUGCAAGCAGGUUAGGCGCUUAUUCAAAAUCAACGCAAAUGCUUGAUCAUACACAUGAUGACUCCAUAGUGGAUCUUGGUAUACGAAAGACUCUUCAUUUCAAUAGUACGCCAAACAUAAGUCAUAUUGAACUUCAUACAAGUGAAAGAUUAACCGAGCUGCAAACAGAACUCGAGAAUAUUCAGAUCAGUAAUAAGAAGAAACAAGAAUUAAUCGAUCGCCUCCAAAGAGAUUUGAUGAAUGCUAACUCGCACGUAGAUAUUUUACGAAAGACAUUAGCAUCAAACGAAAAGAGCAGGAAGGAUGAAGAGGAUCUGGAAAGACGACUAGAAGAAAUGGUGGAUAAUGAAGAAAAACUUACAGAGAUAAACAAUGAAUUAAAUCAGAAAUUAGCAAACCUAGAAGAUUCCAGUAAAGAUCUUGUGGAAAAGAAAGAACUGGAAGACACAUUGAAAGAGCUUGAUAAUGUCAAGCAGAUGUACAUCGUUGAGUGCGAGGAACGUGGAAAACAAGAGAAAAAACUCCAAGAAGAAUAUGAAGAAAAGAUCAAACAAGCCACUGAAGCUUUUACAGCAACACAAUCUGAACUUUCCCAAGAAAUAGAAAACCUCCAAAAAUCCAUUGCAGAAAACAAAGAAACUAUUAAGGAAUUGGAAUUAAGAAACCUUACAAAGAAGUAUUCUAAAGAUAAUCUAGAUUCCAGUUUUAUUGAUAACUUGAAUAGGAAAACUCAAGAUACAUCUCAACAAACUUCACCGUUGAUUCCAAACAAUUUGAGAGAUACAUGUGCUUUCACCACAAGCAAAGAAAUCGCCAGUGAUGAUAGCAAAGAUAGUUCGAGUCUUCACAGUAUUUCGCUUCUAAUAAAGAACCAGAGUCAAACUGGUACAGACAGUUUUGAGAUGAGCGACCACAAUGAUUCAAUGCGAUCCAACAGAUCACGGCAAUCAAGUAGGGCAGGAAAAGUCAUGGAUGAUAUAAAAAAACAACAUAGAAGUGAAAUUGAUUAUGUGAGACAGACGUUGAUUGAAGAAAAUAAAUCUGUGUCCAUUACGUUACAUCAAAAAAUGAUGGAGAUGCGAGAAGAACAUAAACAAUAUAUCAAAAAAUUAAAACAUGAUUUCCGUUGUGAGAAGGAAGCAAUGAUAAUUGACUUUGAAAAGAAGCAAAAAGCCUAUCUCAAUUAUACCAAACCAGAUGUUAAAAUGAUAGUUGAACUUGGGUCCCAGUACUUAGAUGCAGUGAAACAUAUUAAAGGUGCUUUGGUCAAACAUAUUCAAGAAACGAAUCAACGUGCAGCAGAGAAAAUUAAAAAAGAGCUAAAUCAAGAAAGAAUUGCCCAAAUGGAAAAAGUCUACAGAAGUAAUAAUUUUGAUGGAACACUUCAAGAUUUUCUAUGAUGAUUUCUCAGUGGAAUUAGAUGAAGAAUUGUGCUGAAUUGUAAACAAGAGUAGAUUUUGGUUCGUUAAGCAAUUGGCAUAAAUUUUGUACCAAAAUUAUGAUUAAGAUGCACAAUUUGAUAUUGUAUACAUCAAGAGUGCUAAUUUCCAAAAGACAGCAAACAAGACCAUCCCCAUGUGUUGUUUAUAUUUCCGUCCUGACGUUUACCGUUGUGAUAAUCGUACUGUGAUAUUAUAAAAUAUUGAUUUCAUACUCAUGUUUGUAAUUAAUACAUUUAAAUCACUAUACCAUGCAGAUCAUCGAUUCGUCUUCUGUGAAUACACAUAGGUCUCUUAUCAAUUUAAGGACUCUUACUAGCUAAAAAAACUACAAUAUGUUAGAUUGAAAAUUACAGAAAAUGACAAUUAAGUAGUUAUUCCUUUUUCACAGGUUAAAUUUUGUUGUGUUUUGCUCACUGUAAAAAUUUGUUGAAGAAUUACACUUUGUUAGUCUCAGAACCCAUUAAGUAAAAUUUGAUGAAACAUUACUAUCAGCUGAUAAAUAUGCCUAAUAAUUGUUUUCUCAUAUUUUAAAAGAAUCAUACAGAAUAUAAAUCAUAUACAUUCAUUUAGUUGUAGUUUCAAUAUUUAUGGGACCUUACAAUAACUAUUAUUAGUAUUAUAUAUAUAUCAUAUACACUGUAUUAUAAAAGUGCUAAUUGCUAUGUUUAUUUUGUAUAUUUAAAUAAAAAUAAAUUUUUGCAUUUAUUAGAAUGAAGAAUUAGGUUAUGUCAAUUGUAUAUACAUUUACUGCCAUCUUGAAUUUGUAGUUAAUCUAAAUGAAUUGUUCUUUUUGUAUUUUAUUUAUUUCUUCUGAGCCUUACUGAGGUCAGUUAUUAUUUAGAACAAAUCUAAAACUUGAGUGAAACUGAAUUUUUAUUUUAGAACAACUUGCUUUAAAAUAAAUUUGUAUUUAGGAACAAAAGUUAACUGUUGAACUCAAAGUAAAGAGAUAUUUUUAAAAGAAUCCAAGAGGUAACUAAUUUCAAGGGGUAUUUAAAUUACCUCAGUUGGCUAUUAUGUUGACUGAAUAUGUUGUUUUGCAGUAAUUGUCAGUUUGUGAAAUAUGCUGCUUGUUAAAGAUAUAUUAUUGGAGAUUAGAUAAAGAGAUGACAGUUCUCACUAUAAUAGUCAAAAACUAGAUAAUGUAAAGGCAAUUUGCUGAAAAUUUCAGUCAAAUUGCUGCACUGUGAACCGAGAAUUAAGCGAUUGAAAUUUUGGCCUAGUUUCGAUCAUCAUUACUAAAGUCUUUACGAUAAAAAACGUAGUCUCGAUCAUCCAUUUCUUGAUUAAAUUAUGAGUGGAAGUCGAGCAGCAAAUGGGAUCAUAAUCCAGUAAAUAUCACAGGCUAGCGAUGCCAUCGAGAGUUGAUUAUUGUCUGGAUAAGUUUAUUAAUGUCUAAUUAAUAAUUUAGAUAACAUUUCAGGCCUAAAAAAAGACCUGCAAUUGGCAGAUUUAGCUCUAGCAUAAUGUAUGUUUAACAUAGAUGAAGUUACUGCAAACUUACUUUAAGGUAUUUCUGAAUAAACAUUUAUGUACCGCAAACAGUUUUUAUGAGAACUGCAUAACAGAAUAAUUUUUUAACAUAAACAUCUCUGGUCUAUAUUGAUUUCUGUUAAACUGUUCUUGGACUUCAUUAAUAAAAAUUAUAUUUUUUGGUUUACAUUACAUGAAUAAACCUAUAUAAGGCCACACACUACCUUAUAGUCAUUGAGACACUGGUAUGUUUAUUGUAUUGGUUUUUAAUGCAUAUAUAAAGUUGAAAUAUAAUAUUAUGCAGUGAAAAUUGAUAAAAAAGAAUUUAAUCAAA